AUGCCAACCGAGCCUGACUCAUACAUCGAUGCUGGGUGUGAGGUCCUGGACCUGGAAUCCUGCUGCAAGGCCAGUGCCAUAUGGCUCGACGGAGUCCGAUAUAUGGGAUAUUAUUUCCGCGUAAGAAGAGAGAGCACUGGCGUUGUAGUAGAUCUAAUCGAGUCUCAGAAAAUUGAUAGAGGCGGGAAAGAGUGGCUGAAGAUGGGUAAUGAGUGA